GCGAUGCCCUCAACUUCAUCCUGACAAACACUUUCUCGGAGGCGGCCGGCGCCAGGCUGAAUUUUCCCAAAGUGCUGGUCAUCAUCACAGAUGGCAAAUCUGAGGAUGCAGUGGAGAGUUACGCCAAGCAGCUCAGGAGCAGUGGGGUGGAGAUCUUUGUCCUCGGCAUUGGGCAGGCCGAUGAAGCUGAGAUGAAGCUGAUGGCCUCCACGCCUCACAGAAGUCACGUCUACAAUGUCGCCAACUUCGAUGUGAUCAAGAAUGUGCAGAAAAAGCUCAUUAUGCAGAUCUGCGCCGCGGUCGACGAGCAACUCAGCUCACUGGUCAGCGGAGAAGAAGUGGUUGAGCCGGCCUCUAACCUCCAAGUCCUGGAGGUGGCCUCGAAGUCCGUACGUGUGACCUGGGACGCCUCCAUCGGGGAUGUUUCAGGAUACAAGGUGCAGAUGAUCCCCAUGAUGACUGGCAGAAAGAGGCAGGAGCUGUACGUGGGCCCAUCCCAGGCGUCGGUGGUGGUCAGAGACCUUUCUCCAGAAACAGAGUACCAGAUCAGCCUGUUCGCUCUGAAGGGACUGACGCCCAGUGAACCUGUCGUCCUCAUGCAGAAGACAGAGCCAAUUAAACUGUCAGUGGAAUGUUCUCUGGGUAUGGAUGUUCAAGCCGACGUCGUCCUCCUGGUUGACGGCUCCUACAGCAUCGGUCUGGCCAACUUUGCUAAAGUGAGAGCUUUCCUCGAGGUGCUGGUGAACACCUUCGACAUCGGGCCCAAUAAGGUUCAGAUCAGCUUGGUCCAGUACAGCAGGGACCCUCACACCGAGUUCCACCUGAACACUCACCACGACCUGGCGGCUGUGGUCAAGGCAGUGAGGACCUUCCCUUACAGAGGCGGCUCCACCAACACCGGCAGGGCCAUGACCUACGUGAGGGAGAAGAUCUUCCUGACCAACAGGGGGGCGCGUUCCAACGUUCCUCGCGUCACCAUCCUCAUCACUGACGGGAAGUCGUCCGACGCCUUCCGGGAGCCGGCCACGAACCUGAGGAAUUCUGACGUGGAGAUCUUCGCAGUGGGCGUUAAGGAUGCGGUACGAAGUGAGCUGGAGGCCAUCGCCAAUACGCCUGCGGAGACCCACGUGUACACUGUGGAGGACUUUGAUGCCUUCCAGAGAAUUUCCAAAGAGCUGACGCAGUCCAUCUGCCUGAGGAUCGAGCAAGAACUCCGCACUAUCUUACAGAGACAACUGGUUCAACCAAGGGCCCUGUCCUUCUCUGAGGUCGGCCCCAGGAGCUUCAGGGCCUCGUGGGAGAUCGACGCCAACGACGUUGAGUCUUAUUUGGUUCAGUUCAAACCGGCAGAUGUUGCCAACGGGCAUUAUGUCUCCAUGUCUGUGCCCGGGGACACACUCACCACCCUCCUCCCCCACCUUAACCCGCUCACCCGCUACGAAGUCAACGUUAACGCUCAUUACACCAAAGGGGAGAGCUUACCUGUGAAAGGCUAUGAAACCACUUUAGAAGAAAAAGGCCCCGUGCGCGACCUGAGAGUUUCUGAGGAGACAACAAACAGCUUCAGAGUGUCAUGGCUUCCAGCUCCAGGAGCCGUCACUCGUUACCGCGUGACCUACGAACCCGUUGGGGACGAGCGCUCAAGGCUUGAGGUGAUAACCGACGGCCCAGAGACAACGACUGUCCUCCAGCAGCUUCAGUCCCAAACAACUUACCGCGUCACCGUCACCCCUGAAUACCAGUCCGGCCCCGGAGUGCCCCUGCAAACCGACGGCACCACCAAAGAAGACGUGGGGCCUCCUAAAAACCUGGUCACCAGCGACGUGACCGACACCAGCUUCGUGGCGUCCUGGACGGCAGCGCCUGGGAACGUGCCGAUGUACCGCGUGAACUGGAAGUCGCUGUUUUCCAGGGAAGCCGGAGAGAAAACUGUCCCGGGACACGUGACCAGCACCGAGCUGGACGGUCUGACUCCGGAGACACUGUACCAGGUGUCAGUGGUCGCAGCCUAUGGUCACAAGGACAGCGACCCGCUCAACGGACAGGAAACCACUGAUGCCUCUGCUGCUGGUAAAACUCUGACCGUGUCGGACGAGACCGAGCGAUCCAUGAAAGUCGCGUGGACGCCUGCGCCGGGCAAGGUGGUCAACUACCGUCUGAAGUACGUCCCAAGAGAUGGGGGCAAGGAAGUGGCGAUGAAAAUCCCUGGGUCGGCCACUUCCACCGUCAUGAGGCGCCUGCAGCCGAAGACCACGUACGACAUCACCGUUCACCCCAUCUACAAACGCGGGGAAGGAAAAGCAAGGCAAGGAGUAGGAACGACACUGUCGCCCUACAAGAGUCCGCAGAACCUCCAGACCUCAGAACCCACCAAGAACAGUUUCAGAGUCUCCUGGGAUCCAGCUCCCGGAGACGUUCAGGGCUACAAGGUGACCUUUCACCCCAGUGGGGACGACAUUGACCUGGGGGAGCUGCUCGUCGGCCCCUAUGACAACACCGUGGUUCUAGAGGAGCUCAGGGCAGGAACAAAAUACUCUGUUACCGUGUCCGGGAUGUUUAAGGGAGGCGAGAGUUCGCCUCUGGCCGGAGAAGAGAAUACGACCCUCUCUGACGCUCCUGAGCCUCCUCUUCUCGACCCCUCUGGUAAAAGCUGAUAGCUCGACCACACUGCACCUCACACCCUGUUGUCAGCAGCUCUACGGAGAGCAGGCCUGCAGACCAGAUGCUCUCUGAGCCAAGUCGCUUCAGAGCAGUGAUCAGAAUAGAGCCAGAGGGCUGAAGUAUUUGUUGUCGAAGGGAAUCAAUGUCACCGGCGCGUUGGGAUUGCAGAGUGAAGUUUGACGCAGGUGAUUUUAAUCAGUGCAAAUGAUUUCGAUCUGCCUGGCUCAUGUUGCCUCUCCUCCCUCGGUGUGAUCUCUCACAUGUUAUUUGACAGACACGCGCUGAGGCGUUGACACUAACAUUUAUAAAUUGCCUGAUUGGACGUUGUCCUCGACCACCUCACACGUUGCAUCUUUGCCAGAGUUUGACCUUCAACAGCGCUGCCACAAACAUCACAUCGGUAUUUUUUGGCAAAUUGUUUUUUCUCAUGGAAAAUAAGUUUUUCCCCAUUUUUUU